UCUCAUCAACCAGAGAACCCUACUAAAACAAAUCAUAAGUUUACCUCCUGGAUUGAGCUUAUCGAAGAGUCGUAGUAAGGGUCGAUAUUAUCAAUGGCCCUCCAGACUGACUUUAUUGCUGGAGCUGAAGCGGAGAACACUCUCCAGUCUAUCUGCUACAAGCGCGGUUCCCUUCAGCUACUCGACCAGAGAAAGCUUCCUUUGGAAAUUACUUACUUGGAUAUUCGAGAUGCAUCAGAUGGAUGGGUUGCUAUACGAGAUAUGGUUGUACGUGGGGCACCUGCCAUUGCUAUCGCAGCAGCCCUCUCCUUGGCUGUAGAAGUGUUUAACUUUGAAACUUUCAGCGGGACAUCUGAGGAUGCUGCUUCUUUCCUUGUUAAGAAGUUGGAAUAUCUUGUCUCGAGUCGACCAACUGCAGUGAAUCUUUCUGAUGCUGCAACAAAACUUAAACAAGUUGUAAUGCAAGCUGCUGAUACUUCUUCAAAGCAUGAGGAUGUUUUUCAGGCUUACAUACAAGCUGCCGAGAUUAUGCUCAAGGAUGAUGUUACUUCAAACAAAGCAAUUGGGUCUUAUGGAGCAAAUUUCCUUCGGGACCAUGUGAAACAUUCUCAGCAGCUAUCUAUCCUGACCCAUUGCAACACUGGCAGUCUUGCAACUGCUGGAUAUGGGACCGCCCUUGGUGUAAUCCGUGCAGUUCAUGCUGAAGGAGCACUAAAAAGAGCCUACUGCACUGAAACUCGUCCAUUCAAUCAGGGAUCUAGGCUCACCGCGUUUGAGUUGGUUCAUGAUAACAUACCUGCUACUCUCAUAGCAGAUUCUGCUGCUGCUGCAUUAAUGAAAAAUGGCCGCGUAGAUGCUGUCAUUGUUGGAGCAGAUCGAGUGGCUGCUAAUGGUGAUACUGCUAAUAAGAUUGGAACUUACAGCCUUGCCUUGUGUGCAAAUCAUCAUCAAAUUCCAUUUUAUGUUGCUGCACCACUUACCUCUAUUGACUUGUCCCUUUCUUCUGGAGAAGAAAUUAUUAUAGAGGAAAGAUCUGCGAAGGAAUUAUUGAACACGCAUGGAGGAUUAGGGGAACAAAUUGCUGCAUCUGGAAUUUCCGUGUGGAAUCCAGCUUUUGAUGUUACACCUGCCAAUCUGAUAGCUGGUAUCAUCACAGAAAAGGGUGUUAUCACGAAGAUGGGGAAGGAUGCUUUUGAUAUAAAGAACUUUGUUCAGAAUGCAACUCAGCAGACAUUUGUAUAAACAGUACUUCUCAAAUGCGGCAAGACUUGACAAGAUAUUUAUGACAAGUGACCUCGAUUAUGAUGAACACCAGUUUUUGCUGUAAGUCGGAAAAACUUGAGGAAGCGUGUAUGUGGUUUGAUAUAUUCUGCUAAACUUAACUGGAUAUAGUGAGAGUUGUUUUCGUUGAAUGGAAAAUUUUCAUGGAGUUGAGCACUUGCAUAUAAUUGGUUAAGCAACUGCCACAAUUCAUGAAAUAAUAUCUGCUGCUGCAAAUCCCAUUUCUGACUCGCGGUAUGCCCAUUCUGUUAUUAUUA